AUGGUGGAGGAGGAGACGAGCGGUGACCUUGACCUGCAGGGGCAGCACUAUGGAGGUGGCGGUGGCGGGUUCCCGACGUUCGUGUUCGGCGGAGGCGCCGGCGAGAGCUCCGAGAUGCCCAUCGUCGGGGGUGUCGGCCCACACCCCCACCACAGGACCAAGCUCCACGGCGCGCCGUCCAAGAAUCUCAUGGCCGAGAGGUGGCGGAGGAAGCGCCUCAACGACCGCCUCUCCAUGCUCCGCUCCAUUGUUCCCAAGAUCAGCAAGAUGGACAGGACAUCCAUUCUUGGGGACACCAUUGACUAUGUGAAGGAGCUGACGGAGCGGAUCAAAGUCCUCGAAGAGGAGAUCGGCGCCUCGCCGGAGGACCUGGACCUUCUCAACACCUUGAAAGAUUCGUCCAGCAACAGCAGCGAGAUGAUGGUGAGGAACUCCACCAAGUUCGACGUCGAGAAGCGGGGCAACGGGAGCACGAGGAUCGAGAUCUGCUGCCCGACAAACCCCGGGGUGCUGCUGUCCACGGUAAGCACGCUGGAGGUGCUUGGCCUGGAGAUCGAGCAGUGCGUCGUGAGCUGCUUCAGCGACUUUGGAAUGCAGGCCUCUUGCUCGCAAGUGAGUACGUGA